GUAGCAUAAAGUUAUAGGAGUAAAGUAUUGGGGUCCAAAUAUGUACAAAACUACAAAUGUCUGAAUGAAGUACACCACUAGCAAUUUGAUUUUGGGAGGGAGAAACAAAGAGAAAUUGGGGAAAAAUUCUAGGGUUUACAACACGCGAUAACGACACCGAUUCUCGAUAGCAAAUUUCCUCCCAAAAAACCCUAGUUACUACCGAUAAUCAACAACAAAAUGCUACCGGAAGAUGAUCAGGAGCAAGAUAAACCUAAUUCCGGUGAAUUAAAUCCAUCGUCAGACGAAAUCAGAUCAAACAAUUUCACCGUUGAAACCACAGACGAUGCGAAUAACACAGAGCAUGAUCAUAAGAUCGGUGACUCAGUCACACGGUCUGACUCGGUUGCAGUAGUUGAGAAACAAGUGAAGCUGGAAGAUGACGUCAUGGAUGGUGACGUGGCGGUGGUGCGUGAGGUUGGGGACGAAGUUAAAACCCUAGAAAACCAGAAAUCGUUUCUGUUAGAGCCGAAUUCGGCCGGUGAAGACGAGUCGGGGACCGAGGAGGAGCAAGCAGAGUUUAUGAAGGAGUUAGAGAGUUUUCAUAGAGAGAGGUUUUUGGAGUUUAAGCCUCCUAGGUUUUAUGGAGAGCCAUUGAAUUGUCUUAAGUUAUGGAGAUCAGUGAUCAGGCAUGGCGGCUAUGAACAGGUGACCUCAGGCAAGGUGUGGCGGACAGUGGGAGAAUCAUUUAAUCCCCCAAAGACUUGUACUACUGUAUCAUGGACGUUCCGAUGUUUUUAUGAAAAGGCAUUGCUUGAAUAUGAGAAGUAUAAAAUGAGCAUCGGGGAUCUGCCAUUUUCUGAUACUUAUCCAGAACCUGCUUCCAGUGCAAAACAGCCCAGUAUAAAUCAAACCCCUGGAUCAGGAAGGGCCAGAAGAGAUGCAGCAGCGCGAGCCAUGCAGGGUUGGCACUCUCAACGUCUUCUCAGUAACGGUGAGGUUGGGGAUCCAAUCAUUAAGGAUAGGACGCCAAGUACGUCUGUAAGACGAGAUAAGCGAGACAUUGGUUUGCUGAAGCGUAAAAAGCCAUCUCCAGUCGAACGUGCUGUCAAACUUGCACACAUGAAAGCAUUAAAACCACAAUUGGACUCAGCGGUUGUUGAUGUUGGCCUCCCUGCUGAUUGGGUGAAGAUCAAUGUGCAGAGAACUAAGGACUGCUUUGAGGUGUAUGCUUUGGUUCCUGGACUUUUGCGUGAAGAGGUGCGGGUACAGUCUGAUCCAGCUGGUCGCUUGGUUAUAUCUGGUCAACCAGAGCAGCUCGACAAUCCAUGGGGCGUUUCUCCUUUUAAAAAGGUUGUGAGCUUGCCGUCUAGGAUCGACCCUCAUCAAACUUCAGCAGUUGUAACCCUGCACGGUCAACUCUUUGUGAGGGUGCCAUUUGAGCAGUCAGCCUUGUAGAACCAUCACCGAACUGAUGCGGAAGAUGUGCAGAAGGUUGUAGUUGUAGUUGUAGAUGUGCAGUUCAUGUUCUCAGUACUGAGUUUAGUGAGGUUUAAAUUAUUAAAGUUUUUGUUGCUAGAUUUAAUUUAUGAAUCCAUCUAGUCACAAACGUUUCCUAAAAAUUUUACAUGGAUCUCAAUCUAACAAACUUGUUUUUGGAAUUAGGUCUUUUAAAUUA